UCUGGCAUUUUCCUGUUUCAGGUGUAUCGGGCACAAUACAGAAAAACAAAAGAGAUCGUUGCACUGAAGGCAAUAGAAAUGCACGACCUGAACAGCUACAAUACAUUUGGACAAAUUGUGCUAGAGCAGCGCAUCCUUAUGCUGGCGAAUAAGGAGAGAUGCCAUUUCCUAGUUGGGUUAUUCGCCUCCUUUCAGACAGAACAUCAUGUCUGUUUUGCUAUGGACUAUGCUGAAGGGGGCGACUUGGUUUGCCAACUGGAUGAGGAUGGAAUAUCAGUAGAGAGAACUCAAUUUUAUGCAGCCUGCAUUGUACUUGGCCUGCAGUUCCUGCAUGAACAUAACAUCGCCCAUAGGGAUUUAAAACCAGAGAAUAUCCUAUUGGAUAGCGAUGGAUAUGCCAAGAUUGCAGACUAUGGACUCAGCAGAGAAGGAAUGACCUAUGACACCUUAGCCUACAGCGAAUGUGGAUCUCUGUAUUAUAUGGCCCCAGAAAUAUUCCGAGAGGGCUACUAUACAAGAUCCGUAGACUGGUGGUCGCUGGGCGUUAUUAUUUAUGAAAUGCUUAUUGGAAAUGUAAGUAUCUAUUCAAAGAAAUAGGGAAUCACUGUCAGCCAUUGCAGGUUAAUAUUAUUCCCCAAAUAACUCUGAUUUCUAACAAAUUCUGCUUGUUUUGACAGUUGCCCUUCCGAGGAAAGGAUGAAACUCGGACUAUUGCGAUGAUUACCAGUUCUGAGCCGACAUAUCCGGAACAUCUAACUGUGGAAUCCCGCAGUAUAUUAGUAAAUCUCCUGAACAAAACUCCACAUAAUCGCCUUGGAGCAGGAGAACACGGGGCUGAGGAUAUAAAGAACUCAGCUUUCUUCCAGGGAUUCGACUGGGAAGCUCUUAUGAAAAAACAAAUUCAGGCCCCAUUUAUUCCCAAGAGGAAUAGAACGGAAUCUUCUCAGCAAUCUAAAAAAUCCCUGGAACUGAAGCCAGACAUGAUCCCAGAACCAUUGUGGGAAGAAACCAAAUGGGCCUUAAAAGAACUUGAAUAUAUUGUGGAAACAUGAAAAGCAUAAAUGCCUUAAAAUAUGUGGCAUAAGAAUGACUUGAACACAUGGACCUCAAUGGGCCUGGAAUGAAGAAUCUUUUGGUGUUAUGGAGAAGAGGUGUUGGGGAUGGAAAUAAUUAACCAGGCCAGAAGUUUGCAUUGAGGUCCCUAGGUCCGUAUUCGAAGCUCCCGAGCUAUGGAUUAUUUACACUGAACUCGGGAACGGCGCAGACAAGAUGCAUCAUCUGAAUUCUUGUAAUGGUACCAACCCUGGUGGUCUAGUGGACGGGGGGGACCUCCUCCAUAGACCCCUGGGGGUAGGUACUGUUACAGAGAUCAGUAUAAAAUGAUCAAGAGGAGAAUACGACAGACGGGCCGAGAAUCCGGCAGUGAUAUGGACCAGGAGUGUUGGGGGCAACAAGUUGGAGCACCUAAUGCCCCUGGGUCACUAGUUUGUGCCACUGACAAUAAUAUUAAAUAAAAAUACAUUAAAAAUUAGUAAAA